CGCUGACUAGACACUGUUUGUUUAUGUUUCCCUAAGCGUUACAGCAGCCAAUGCUAUCAACGCUGCUUAUUCUUCUUCUUCUACUCCUUCUUUUACUCCUAGGGAGGUUUUAGCAUGGGUUUUAGGCAGUUGUCAUCCACGGUGUUGCGUUACUGCCACCUUCAGGUUUCAUUCGUCUUUCAAGUCUUUUUGUCGUCCUUAAAAAUCAAAGCCUUCCCUCCCUGGAACACGGUGUCGCCAUCCAGAUAUUCUCUUAACACUGUCCACUCACUGUGUCCUCAUGUCUUGUCCUCCCUGUGUCCACGUCCUGCAUGAUGUCUGGAUAAGCUGGACCGUCAGCCUCAUGGCAGAGCGCACAGACCCUUUGGAUGUUUUCCUGUGAUGAGCAGUGUUCUCAGUCUGCUUAAAUACCUGCUCUCUGCGUUUUGUUCCCCUGCUUCUCAGUUCACCUGCCUUGUUUUGGAUUGAGCGUAAAUGUCUCCCUGUUGUUGUGUUAUGUCAGUCCUGUUGUCACUGGACCUCCUGGAGUUUCUUUACACUGUUCAUUUUCUCACUGCACUGACAUUAAACACCAAAUGUACUGGAUGCAGACGGGCCUGUCCAGUGCCCCCAUGCACAAAGCCAGCCUGAUGUGGAAGAGCUUGACUGACCUGCACAGACCUCCCCUUACAGACCAACAUCAGCACUGGACCUCACUAACGCUCUUCAUCCCAUUUACUCACCUUUUAUUGAAAUGUGAUCUGCAUCUGCAUAAGUAUACCGAAGCAGUUUAAUACCAGAUGCCAAGACAUUGCUCAGCAGGUGGCUGCAAAUCUCGGGACAACCGGCAGACUCGUAAUGCUGGCAUCACUUUUCACAAAUUACCCAAAGGAGCAACUCGGAGGAACCUUUGGAUCACCAACUCCCACCGUGCAGACUACUGGGACCCUCAGACCGACUUUGUCUACUUUUGCUCCAAACACUUCACCCCAGAAAGUUUUGAACUGACUGGAUGCAGCGGGAUCAGAAGACUAAAGGAAGAUGCAUUUCCUACAGUAUUUGAUUCCUCUUCAACUACAAAAUGCAAAAGACCAGGAACACUGCAGAAACGAGAAGACGUUCCUGUCAGGAAGAAUCCCGGCAACCAGGAGAACCCUCAGCAGGAGAGAGACAUGGGUCAGACUUCAGAAGAACCCACAGUUCAGAGGUCAGUAGCAGCAGCUGGGGAGGCCAAUGAAAACAAACCAGCACCUUCUCAAGAGCUGCCAGGGGUGGAGCACCUCUCACAGCAAGAACGAAGUCCUUCGCCACCGUCUCGGCCCCUCUCCCCGUCACGUUAUAUGAGGCGCCUGCCCCCUCCUCCAGGCUUCUACCUGUCGAAGGAGCACAGCUAUGCACAGCUCUUCCCCCUGCUGUGGAGGAGACGUUUCGAUCAGGCUAUUGACUGCUUGGAGAAGGCCUUGCGACAGCUGCACGCAGCCAGGCGGAGGGAGAACCGCCUGCGAAGCACUGUGCUGAGGCUCCGUGAUAAACGGCUGAAGCAGGCUCUGCUUGUGUCACGAGAUGGUUGUCAAAACAGGGGGAGCUGGACACCCAGGGGGGAGAAGGGACGAGGCAAAGAAGGCUCUAACCAGGAAGAGAGUGAGACUGAUGCUAUAGCUGAGGAUACAGGGGUGUUUGAAGACAGUUGUGUGGAUCAGAUAGAGUUUGAGGGUCAUUUUCUUCAAGACACCAACAGCUGGUCUGAGAAGGAGAAGGGAUACUGCUUUUACUGUGGAAGAGGACAGGUGCAGGUUGGUGGUCAGGUAGCAUGCAGAGUUUCAAAGACUGUCAAAGUAGACCAGCCUGUUAUGCAUGAGGACUCUGUUGAAACCAGUUCUUGUAGCACAGCUGAAAAUGCCAACGACAUACAGAUAGUUAGCUUGGAAAGACGACCUUGGAAAAAUGUAGAAACCAGUGACUCGGAUGCAACAAAGUCUCAAGUCCUGCUCCAAACUGAAGGUCUUCAGCAUGUGAUCCCUGCUGGAGUCACUCUGCCUGUAAUCCAUGAGCAGAGUUUGCAGUUUUUAGGCUCUCAGCAGAAUUUGCUCUCUGACACGUGUGAAGGGGAUAUCGAGGCUGCGGUUCCAGAGCAUCACCCGAACCUGCAGCAGCAGCUGUUUUGGAUCCAGGGCAGUGCUGAGGGACAGGUCAUUCUGGUGCCUGCCUCUGCUGAAGACGGAUUGAAAAACAUUCUCAAGAUGGAGGGAGUUGCUGUCGAAGCACGAACCAUACUGGUGUCACAAGCGGACCUUAAAGGAGACUUGGGACACAUGACAGAAACCAGUGCGGCUCUGUCCAGAGAUGAAGCAGCGUGUGACAGUGAACAUAGUGACCAGCAGUCUGCAAACAACACUGCAUCAGUGAUGAGAGAAAAUGUGAGGGAGAAACUGAAAGAACACCUAGAGGGAUUUCACCUUCAGCUGAGCACCGAGUUUAUAAACUGACAGGAAGUUCUGAAUGAAUGCACCAGUCAUUUUGUUAGCCCAGAUUCAAUAACUGAAGGACCAUUGUUUGCGUCAGUCUUUUCUGCUGGAAUAGUUGAAUAUGCUGUGUGUUGUGGAGACCUGAAUGUGACAGCAGAGAAUCAACAGUAGUCAGAUAUGAUGUUGUAGAGCACCAGACUUUUUUGAGAAACUGUAAAGAGGCGUUCUGAGUGUUUUUGUGUGCAGACCCAAAAAAGUCCUGUGUGUAUAUCACAGCCUGAUGUCUCUACGUCCUCUGAGCCCAUAGAGCUCCAUUGUUGUCCAAAAACUGCGUAAAACCAUUAGUGAGCCUCACUGCUGCACCGGGUGACAUGUUACUCCAUCAGCAUGAACACACACACCACACGUCCUGCUGUCCCAAAUACUCACUAGAGCGCCACAUGGAUAAAUCCGCUGCUAAAGAUAGUUCCCAACAAAUGCAUUAUUUUCUCCUGUGAGUCAUGUUUGUUCAAAACUAUAUUGUCCAGCUGUUUCAGGAGACUACUGAGCCUUUGAAAAAGAAUUCAGCUAUAUAUAUGUUCAGAGGUGUUUUUAAAUGUGCUGGAGGUGAGAAAGUAUUGAGAGACGCAUUAACAGAUUGUUGUCUUUGGAUUUUUUGAUGAUUUGCUGAUGGGUCUCUUUUAUUUUUACAUCUCAACUUUGUUGGGAGGUAGGCAGGCAACCCUGUGUUCUCCGACUCAUGCAGGAGCAAAGCAUUGCAUUGUUCAUGUAGAGCAGUGAAAAGGUUUUGUGGAUGUUGUUGGGGUUUAAGGUAGUAGAAAGUAUUGUAUCACACAAAUAUCAACAAAUUCUAAGAAAAUCUAAGUGGACGUUGUGUUGGUCAAUUUAGGGUUUUCUUGAUCCAUUAACAUUCUUUUUGAUGCACCUAAGGUUACUAAAAUUAAGUAACUGAUGGAAUAUCUGUACAGUAUGGGACUAUACAAAAAUAUAAAUAACUGUCAAAAGGAACAUUUAUAACAAAGAAUAUGGCAGCAAUACACCAUUGUAGCAUCAAGUCUGCCUAAUCUGUGUGGGUGAGUUUUAGUACUGGGAAACAGUGACAGAGUGAGACAAAGUGUAUGCUCAGGUUUAGAGAGUUUAUGCAUAAAUACUAAAAUUUCAAAUUCAGUUCAAAAUGGCGGACUUCCUGUUGGGUUUAGCGUAUGGCUCCAAGAAGCAUUUUGUAAGCCUAGAGAAGAUACAUCUGUCUCUCAAAUUUCAUACAUCAAGGUGAAAUGUACGGCCGGGGCUGCAGUACUGAGACAUUUUUCAUCCCUUCUGACUGGUGUGCCAAGUUUUGGUUUUCCAGCAUCCCUCUUUUGAAGGCUUAAAAGGUGUUAGGGGUGCAAUAGAGACAAAUAUUUCUGCCCAUAGGGUGCUAUCAAGUUGCAUUAUGGGAAAUGUAGGAUCCAGAGUAUUGGGAGUUUGACUCAUAUCAAGGACUCUAAGUCAGAGAUUUAGACCAUUCUGUUUUUAAUCUUUCUUUUGUGAGUCCCAGCACCCACACCCCAACUCAACUUUAUAGAAGUGAAACACUUAUUUACUGGAGUACGUCAUAUGUUUUGUAUUUCUGAGACAUAAAAGGCUCCCUAAAUGUUG